AUGGAGGAGCUUCAAAGGCGGCUAAGAGAGGCAGAGACCAGAGCUGAGGAAGAAGAGCGACUUCGACGAGAAGAAGAGCGGCUUCGACGAGAAGCAGAGGACAGAGCUGAGGAAGAAGGGCGACUUCGACGGGAAGCAGAACGACUUCAACAAACACUGGAGAGCAAAAUUAACCCGGCCACCUUCGAGUCCUUUAUUAAAUCAUGCCACGAACUCAUUGCUGUGCCGCUUAGCAUUCAGCCAAUACAUAAAAGUACAAAAGGCUCAAUUACCAGUCCUACUGGCCGCUACUGUCCGACAACCCUUCGCAGUUGGACGGACUUUCCCCGUCUACGCGAGGAGCUGUUUGAGAAAGUAUUCUCUCUCUUCCAUCCGAGUGCUUCCCCCCCUGUCGAAGCGUUCUUGUCCAAGGAGGGUGUCAAGACUGUUGGUAACCUUGUUUCCCGUCGACAUCUGGGCAGCGAGCUCGACCUUAUGAGCUAUGAGCGAUUUGCCGUUGAAGAACAUGUUACCUCUAUUCUACAAGAAUUACUAAAGCUUGAUACCAAAACAAAACUUCCAUUUCUGGGGUCAGGUGUCUCGUUUGAAAAUCACGCGAAUACUCUUAGCGAUACGCCUGAGCAAACAGGCCGCAGGCCUCGUUCUGAUCAAUUAUGCGUAUUUAGAAAAGAUAGGGAAGUUGAGACACUGCUUUAUAUUAUUGAAUAUAAAGCCAGCCAUAAACUUCGGCCUGCGAACUUACGGUUUGGACUACGACCUUCGAAUUUUUGGGAGGACAUCGUGCAGGCUCACGAAAUUCCCCUCGACAAGCAAGAGAAAGCUAUAUAUAACGCACAGCAGCUUAGCGGUGCUGCAAUCACACAAACCUUCGACUAUAUGAUUAAAGAGGGGGUUGAAUACGGGUAUUUGACCACCAGUGAGGUAUUUGUAUUUCUUCGUAUAAAGGAAGAUGAUCCGAGGACUCUAUAUUACUAUCUCUCCGAGCCCGUUCAAGACGCCGAAGUUCAGGAUAGCGAGCCCUUUCCGUAUUCCUGCACCGCAAUUUCAUCAGUCCUCGCCCUAUGUCUCCUGGCCCUAGAUUCAAAAAAAAGGGACCAAGAGUGGCGGUCACUUGCAAUAUCUCAACUUCACAAGUGGGUUGUUGAUAUAGAAUACGUCUUAGCAAAGAUGCCCCCGGAGGAACGGAGCCGAACACCAUCGGAAUCGAGUUAUAUCCCAUCGAGCCCAUUGUCCAGCCCUAUUCAGGAGGGCCAGUCUCGACGAUCCCGUCGAUUACGAGACAGCUGUGCAGACCCGGAUGACACAGUUAAUAAUCCGUUGUCAGAUAGUUCCGAAGAAGAUGACCCUAGCGACCGCAGCUCACAGGUCCCGCCAGGGAAACGAUUCAUAUCCCCACCACGUCCGCCUCCGUUGAAACGGCAGCCGCAGUCGCAGGAGGAGCGUGAGCGUAAGCGGGAGCCCGAUCGUCAAUAUUGUACACAGAAGUGCCUAGUUGGCUUGGGUAAUGGAGGCGCUUUGGAUCAAUCAUGUCCUAAUGUCGCUCUCCAUCAGCAGAUGAGCCAUAACGGCACUCAUCCAAUUUCUAAAGCAAAAGUCGCAAUGCUACUAGACAGUCAGUUAAACAAUGACCGGGACAAUGGGUGCUGGCCUUUGAUGAAGCUUCACGGCGCCCGAGGUAUUCUCUUCAAGAUGACACUGGCCAAUUAUGGCUAUACAUUUGUAGGGAAAGGGACAAUUGAAGGUCUGGUCUGUCAUCUCCAGCAUGAGGCUAAAGUGUAUAAUGCUCUCAACAAGCUCCAAGGAAGUCUUAUUCCUGUUUAUCUCGGAAGCGUUAAUUUAAAGAAACCAUAUAUUACGACUGGUUUGGACUAUAUUGUCCAUUAUCUACUGCUCUCCUGGGCUGGAGAUAGCUUAGACGAUAUACCAUGUUGUGACAUCGACUUUCACCAUGAGGGAAGAAAGCUUCAAAAGGAAUUAGGCCGGUACGGCGUGGUCCACGGAGAUGUUCGCCCGGCCAAUAUUACGUGGAAUUCAGAGCUAUCCCGGCCGAUGCUGAUCGACUUCGACCAAGCACGACUAAAGCAAAAAAGACCCGCUAUCCAUAGCCAUUCCAUUAAGCGGGCGCGGCGAAAUGUUUCCCACUAG